CCAUACAGUAUGAAGCCCAAUGGGCCACAGAGGCGCUAGGAAAAUCACGGAGCUGGGACCUUACCACCUCUCUCUCUGGCCGUCAGCGGACUCCUUCUCUGCGCACGUCCUCCUCUGAAAUGUGUGCGCGCACUCUGCUCGGAGCAGGACAACAGCGCGCGUGUGUGUGAGAGGGUGAGGGCUUCUCCGCAGUUACAGGCUGAGGAUUAUUCAGCGCUAUAGAAAUAUUUCAGCACGUCGCCUUCGCCGCGGACACGGGCCAAUAAGAAGCUGCUUUUUAGCAGGAAUGCAGCUUCAGUAAACAGCGCGGGGGAGGACGAGCACAGCGGCUAAUUGAGAGACCAGUCCAAGUUGGUUUAAUUCGAUCCAUGUUCACGACGCAGCCACAGACACUGAGAGGUGUCCAGCCUCGACAGAGAACUGCCUCUGCCUGAGAUUCAUGGGAGAUUUUUUCACUGCGGACACUUGUAAACUCCACCAGGUCACAUUUUUACAGCACGGACUUUUACCAAAGUGGAUACGACUCACUGCAACUUUCAAGAAGGAAAUUUAAGCUAACUGCUUUUAUUUUAAUUCAUUUUCAUUUGUGUUGUGCCUCAGCUGUACAAACAUUCUCUCUUUAACUACACCAACGUCUCCAUUUAUUGACUGCUCCUGGAUGAACUUCCUGAUGAGAGAUCCAGUCAUACAGGGAUCAAAUAUGGCAUAUCACCCAUUUAUACCUCACCGGGGUCCAGAGUUUGCCAUGAGUGCAAUGCUCGGUCACCAGCCUCCUUUCUUCCCGGCGCUGGCGCUUCCUCCCAGCGGCUCCUUGUCUCUGCCGGGCGCGCUGGGGAAACCCAUCAUGGAGCAGCUGAUGGGCGCCGCGGAGAGCGGCCUGCACUUCUCUUCUCUGGGACACCAGGCUGCAGCCGCGCACCUCCGGCCCCUCAAGACUCUGGAGCCUGAAGAGGAGGUGGAAGACGACCCCAAAGUGCAUCUGGAAGCCAAGGAGCUGUGGGAGCUGUUCCACAAGAAAGGCACAGAGAUGGUGAUCACCAAAUCCGGAAGGAGAAUGUUCCCUCCGUUCAAGGUGCGCUGCUCGGGGCUGGACAAAAAGGCCAAAUACAUUUUACUCAUGGACAUUGUGGCGGCGGACGACUGUCGGUACAAGUUCCACAACUCGCGCUGGAUGGUGGCGGGAAAGGCCGACCCCGAGAUGCCCAAAAGGAUGUACAUCCACCCGGACAGUCCCGCCACAGGAGAGCAGUGGAUGUCCAAAGUGGUCAAUUUUCACAAACUCAAACUGACCAAUAACAUCUCAGACAAGCAUGGAUUUGUAAGUUCCACUAAUACCAUCUUAAACUCGAUGCAUAAAUACCAGCCGCGUUUUCACAUCGUGCGCGCUAAUGACAUCCUCAAACUGCCCUACAGCACCUUCAGAACCUACGUGUUCCCAGAGACUGACUUCAUCGCAGUGACUGCGUAUCAAAAUGACAAGAUAACUCAGCUCAAAAUUGAUCAUAAUCCGUUUGCAAAAGGAUUUCGGGACACGGGCAACGGCAGAAGAGAAAAAAGGAAACAGCUGGCGCUGCAGUCCAUGCGCUCCUACGAGGACCAGCAGAAAAAGGACAACGGCGCAUCAGACGAGUCCUCGGGGGAGCAGCCGUCCUUUAAGUGCUUUGGCCAGGCCUCGUCCCCCGCCGUGUCCACCGUGGGCCCCCCACAUGUCAAAGAUUUCGGUGACAGUGAUGAGGACAGUGAUGACGACAGCAAAGAUGGACAUCUCAAAGAUGGACCCGACUCCAAUAAGAUCUCCACCACCACAGAGGACAGAGAGCACGAGCCCAGCCCCCCCAAGUGCAACCAUUUCACCAACAGUGACUCCAGCAGCAGAGCGCGCGAUGCGGGCUCCAGGACUGAGAAAAGUCAGGCUGAUUCUCGGCAGAGCCCGGUCACCGUCAUCUCCAGCACCACGCGCUCUGCGGAGGACAUGAAAAGCCCCAACCUGGAGCAGGCCAAGGCGGAGGAGUGCCGCUCUCUGAAGGACAGUUUUCUGCCUUUGACCGUCCAGACGGACAGUGCGCACCUGGGCCACGGUCACUUGCAUAACUUUGGAUUUCCUCCGGGCCUCACGGGACAGCAGUUCUUUAAUCACAUCGGGAACGCGCACCCGUUCCUGUUGCAUCCGGGUCAGUUCAACAUGGGCAGCGCGUUCUCAAACAUGGCCGCGGGCAUGGGGCCCCUCCUGGCGGCGGUGUCCUCUGCAGGAGUCAGCACCAUGGACACGACCAGCAUGGCCUCGCCCCCGCAAAGCCUGACGGGAACACCGGGCCUGCCGUUCCAUCUGCAGCAGCACGUCUUGGCAUCUCAGGGCCUGGCCAUGUCUCCUUUCGGCGGUCUGUUUCCUUAUCCUUACACAUACAUGGCCGCUGCGGCCGCGGCCUCCUCCGCAGCCUCCUCCUCUGUGCACAGACACCCGCUCCUGAGCGCAGUGCGCCCCAGACUCAGGUAUAGUCCGUACUCUCUGCCCAUGACGACACCGGACAGCACGCUCCUGACCACGGCCAUGCCCUCUCUGUCCGGCGGAGGCUCUGAGCUCAAAGCCAGCAGCCCCUCCGCGGUGACGCUGGACUCUACUUCAGAAGUGACCAGUCAUUCGUCCACUAUCUCCUCAGGCUCCGUGUCACUGUCUCCAAAGACUCUGUCCUCAGAGAAGGACGCAGCGAACGAGCUGCAGAGCAUCCAGCGCCUGGUCAGCGGCCUGGACUCGAGUCAGGACCGGCCCAGGAGCGGCUCUCCAUAGGGUCCACGGGAAACACUAUGAUGUUUUGUUGUUGCUUUUGGAAGAUGAAGAUUUUAGGACAUAUUUAGAUGAACACCAGUAAAAAAACAAACUAUUAACUGUUUUAUUUUCUGAAAUGCACUUUGGUUAAACACUCUAUGUUUAUGAUUUGUUAAAUUAAACCACAGUUUCUUGUCAUUUGAAUACCAUAGAAGUAUUGGAUGUCAGAGGCCUACGACUUGUUGGGGUGAACCUGCUGCUUUGUCCUUCAGACCUGCGCGUAAAUGGGUUGUGUUUGUGCGUUUGUUCGUUGGUCCCACAUUUAAACUCUGCUGUAUCUCAGUGGCAUAAGACGCUGCAUGUCCCUAAACUUUACAAAGAUCCUUUUACUUUACAAACAUUGUCCUUUUUUUAUUUCUAAUUGGUGACUAAAGUCGUAGCUGCGCACGCGCCUGAUGCAAAGGGAAGCAAACAAUAAACAGAGUAAAUGAAGUAUUGAAUAUUGGUGUAAAUAAGGAUAAAUAAAAUAUUUAUGUAAUUAUUUCAUAUUGUUAUUGCGUGUAAAUACAACAAGUAGUAUGUUUUUAGGGAUCAGUUUAAUUUAUUGUUGAUAUAGGCCGACCUGUGUAAAGAUCAUUGUGGGGUUAUAUUUUUGCCACUUACAUUUAUUCCCUCCUCUUUUUCAAAUGGACUUGAAUCCCCCUGAGCCCCUCACUCUUUGUGCCAUUGUGUCCCACGUGUUUUUGUGCGUAAAGUUCUACUGUUUCCAAACGCACUGCACCGAUGGCUCCAGAAAAUCCACGUUGAAUCAGGUCAAACGCACUAUUUUAUUUUAUUUUCCAAACAAGGUAAAUCUGCCGCAUAAAUAAACCGGAGGGGUCUUAGUUUCAUGAUGGUUUCGUUGCUUCAGAUUCUGUCUCGUUUACAUCUCGUGAUCUUGAACGUUUCAAUAAAACAUUCAAAUGUAACUGUGCCAGUCGAUCUGUGUUUAUUUUAUCAAAAGACAAAGACAAGUCCAAGAAACUGUGGCCCCGCAGAGUCUGAAGAGGAUCCCCGCGCGCAAAGACUCAGAGACUCAGA